AACACAAACCCUCUCUCUCUCUUCCCCUCUCCCUGCUCAAACCUCACACUUCUUGCAACUUCAUGAAAAGAGCUUCGAAGACUUUGAAAACUGCAUCUUACUCUGUUACGACAUGGCUCUGAAGCCGCAGCAGCAGCUCAAGGAGUUGGGAUCCAAGCUGGACACCCUUCCCGCUACCAAGGAUGUUCUCAUCAAGCUCUUAAAGCAAGCUGCAGCUUGCCUUGUUGAAUUGGAUCAAUCGCCAUCAACUUCAACAUUGGAAUCACUGAAGCCCUUUCUAAAUUCCAUCGUUAAGCCAGAGUUGCUGAAGCACCAAGAUAGGGACGUCAAACUUCUAGUUGCAACCUGUGUUUGUGAGAUAACUCGGAUCACUGCACCUGAAGCCCCUUACAGUGAUGAUGUUCUACAGGACAUCUUUCAGUUGAUUGUGGGCACUUUUAGCGGUCUGAGUGAUACCAGUGGUCCAUCCUUUGGCAGGAGAGUUGCUAUAUUGGAGACUGUUGCAAAAUAUAGAUCAUGUGUAGUGAUGUUGGAUCUUGAAUGUUAUGAUCUGGUGAAUGAAAUGUUCAGUACUUUCUUUGCUGUUGCUAGAGAGGAUCAUCCAGAAAGUGUCCUAUCAUCAAUGCAAUCUAUAAUGGUUGUUCUUUUAGAAGAAAGUGAGGAUGUCCAAGAAGAUCUUUUAUGUACUAUACUGUCUGCCUUAGGUCAAGGAAAAAAUGGUGUUACUACGGCUGCAAGGAGGCUUGCUACGAAUGUUAUACAGCAAUGUGCAGAAAAGCUCGAACCUGGCAUCAAACAGUACUUGCUAUCAUUGAUGUCAGGAGAUACCAAGCCAGUGAAUGGUCAAGUUCAAUACCAUGAACUAAUUUAUGAUCUGUAUUGCUGUGCUCCCCAGGUGCUAUCAGGAGUUAUCCCUUAUGUGACAGGAGAGCUACUGACAGACCAUCUGGAAACCCGUCUGAAAGCGGUGAGUUUGGUUGGGGAUAUAAUCUCUCGUCCUGCGUCUUCCAUCCCUGAAGUGUUUCAGCCAAUAUUUUCAGCAUUUUUGAAAAGGUUAACGGACAGAGUUGUUGAGGUUCGCAUGUCUGUCCUUGAACACGUAAAAAGCUCUCUGCUGUCAGAUCCUUUUAGAGCCGAAGCCCCUGAAAUAAUCUCUGCCCUCUGUGAUCGGCUGUUGGAUUUUGAUGGUACUGUUCGGAAACAAGUUGUGGCUGUCAUCUGUGAUGUUGCAUGUCAUACUUUAAACGCAAUUCCUGUUGAAACUGUAAAACUUGUUGCAGAGCGCCUUCGUGACAAAUCUCUACUCGUUAAAAAGUAUACCAUGGAUAGAUUGGCCGAGAUAUACAGAGUUUUUUGUGAGAAGAGCUCUAACAGCUCAAUAAAUCCCCGUGAGUUUGAUUGGAUUCCAGGGAAGAUUCUCAGAUGUUUCUAUGACAGAGAUUUUAGAUCAGAUAUAAUUGAAUUUAUUCUUUGUGAGUCCCUAUUUCCAGCACAUUAUUCCAUUAAUGAUAUAGUUAAACGCUGGGUUGGGAUAUUCUCUGGAUUUGAUAAAGUGGAGGUCAAAGCUCUUGAGAAGGUACUGGAGCAGAAACAAAGGUUACAGCAAGAGAUGCAGAAGUAUCUUUCUUUUAGGCAGAUGGGUCAGGAUAAAGAUGUUCCUGAGGUUCAAAAAAAAAUUCUGUUCAGUUUCCGUGUAAUGUCUCGUUCAUUUGCAGACGCUGCAAAGGCCGAAGAGAGUUUUCAAAUUCUUGAUCAAUUAAAAGAUGCUAAUAUUUGGAAGAUUUUGACAAAUCUUGUUGAUCCAAAUACCAGCUUGCAUCAAGCUCACUCUUAUCGGGAUGAUUUGCUUAAAAUACUUGGUGAGAAACAUGGGCUCUAUGACUUCCUGAAGAACUUCUCUGUGAAAUGUUCUUACUUACUUUUCAACAAGGAGCAUGUAAAAACGAUUCUCUCAGAAGUUGUUGCAAACAAAUCUGCAGAGAAUGCAGAAUAUAUACAAUCUUGCAUGAAUAUAUUGGGGAUAAUUGCUCGUUUUUGUCCAUUUCUUCUUCGUGGCAGUGAGGAGGAACUUGUCUGUUUACUUAAGGAUAACGAUGACAUGAUUAAAGAAGGUGUUUUGCAUAUUUUAGCAAAGGCUGGUGGUACGAUACGUGAACAACUUGCAGUUACAUCAAGUUCUGUAGACCUUAUAUUGGAGAGACUAUGUUUAGAAGGUAGUCGGAGACAGGCCAAGUAUGCUGUGCAUGCACUUGCUGCAAUAACAAAGGAUGAUGGGCUCAAGUCUCUAUCUGUUCUAUACAAGAGGCUUGUGGAUAUGCUGGAGAAGAAAACACACCUUCCCGCUGUACUACAGUCUCUAGGAUGUAUAGCACAAACUGCCAUGCCUGUUUUUGAAACUAGAGAGAGCGAAGUAGAAGAAUAUGUGAUAAACAAUAUUUUGAAAAGUGAUAGUAAAGAUGAUGCUGGAGCAUCUUGGGAUGAUCAAAGUGAUAUUUGCAUGUUGAAGAUAUAUGGCAUUAAAACCUUGGUAAAGAGCUACUUGCCAGUUAAAGAUGCUCAUGUUCGUUCUGGUAUAGAUGGUCUUCUGGAUAUCCUUAAGAACAUGUUAACUUAUGGUGAAAUAUCUAGUGACAUACGUUCAAGUUCAGUUGAUAAGGCUCAUUUGAGACUUGCAUCUGCCAAGGCAGUUCUUCGUUUGUCAAGGCAGUGGGAUCACAAGAUACCUAUUGGUCUUUUUUACUUAACUUUGGGGACAUCUAAGAUUAACUUUCCUCAAGCUACUACGAUCUUCCUGAGCAAAGUACAUCAAUAUAUAAAAGAUAGGCUUUUGGAUGCCAAAUAUUCUUGUGCCUUCAUACUCAGCAUUUUUGAAUCCCAAGCAGAUGAGUUUGCAGAGGGUAAACAGUACUUAGCUGACAUUAUUCAAGUGCUUCAGCAAACAAAGGCCAGGGAACAAUCUGUGCAAUCUGAUGUGAACACCACUGUCACUUACCCUGAAUGCAUCCUUCCAUACCUUGUCCAUGCGCUUGCACACAAUUCAUGUCCCAUGGUUGAUGAGUGCAAGGAAGUCGAAACAUAUGAUAAUAUAUACAGGCAGUUGCACUUGAUUCUGUCUAUUCUACUACAUAGAGAUGAAGAUGCCAAGUCAGAAGCAACUAAUAACAAAGAUAAGGAGGUUAUAUCUACUAUUACUUCCAUCUUUCGAAGCAUCAAGCACUCUGAAGAUAUAGUUGACACAUCGAAGUCAAAGAAUUCUCAUGCUAUUUGUGACCUUGGAUUGGCAAUCACCAAACGACUAGUUCAGAAGGAUGGUGAUUUGGAAGGAUUGUCAACAUCAGUCACUCUGCCCUCAAUGCUAUACAAGGCGUGUGAGAAGAAGGAAGGAGAUGACUCUUCGGUUAGUGAAAUGAAAACCUGGUUGGUGGAUGAAAGUUCGUUGGCUCACUUUGAAUCACUUGAGCUAGAAAUGGUUCCAUCUGAAUUAGCUAAUGAUGAUGUUCUAAAGGACAGUGAAAAGGAUGGAAGCGAAGUGCCUCUUGGAAAAAUGAUAAAGCACAUAAAAUCUCAGGGAACCAAGAGAAAGAAGGUGAAAAAGAACAAGUCUAUGCCAGAUGAUAUGAAAAAGGCUGAAAAUGAUAUUGAUAUCUUAAAAAUGGUCAGACAAAUCAACAUAGAUAACUUAGGAAUGACUACUAAGUUUGAAUCGAGUAAUGGUCACGAAGAUCCUUUGAGCAAGAAAAUGCAGAAGGAAUCAGCUCAUGCAGUGAGUGGAAAACGAAAAUCUGGUGAAGAAACACCUAUCCAAGUGCCUAAGCGUAGGCGGUCGUCCUCAACUCCAGGAAGUUUCAGAUCGUCCAGUGGCAAUUCAAAGGCUUCUCUGACAGUUUCAGGAGACUCCCCUGAAGCCAAAUUACCCUCUGAUGCAAAACUUAUCCCUGAUACAGAUACCAAAACUAAGCAGAGAAGGAAGGUCAAAGGCAGUAAGCCAGGUUUAUCUGUGUCAUCCUCAAAACAGAAAGCUGAGGCCUCUGAAAGCUAUCAUGAUGAUGAGGCCUACAAAUCUGAUGAGCGUGACUUUAAGAGCACUGAUAAGCUAAAGAAAACUGACAAGGUUUCAAGUAGCAAUGCCAAGUCUUCCACAGGAUCUUCUAAAAAGCAGAAAAGAAAAAGUAUUGCAGGACUGUCAAAGUGUACAACAAAGGAAGGUGGAAUUGAUGCUGAAGACCUGAUUGGUUGCCGAAUCAAAGUUUGGUGGCCUAUGGAUAAGCAAUUCUAUGAAGGCACUGUAAAGUCAUAUGACUUACAAAAAAGGAAGCAUGUGAUAUUAUAUAAUGAUGGAGAUGUAGAAGUUCUCCGUUUGGAAAAGGAGCGCUGGGAGCUUAUUGACAAGGGUCGCAAAUCUGCUAAGAAGCUAAAGUCUUCCAAAAAUCUUUCUUCACCUCAAGUGUCAUCUGGUCAGAAACAUAAAGCCUCUGGUAGUUUGCAGAACAAAAAAUCAAAUAAGAUAAUUAAUGGUGAACAAUCUUCAAGAAAGAGUGUAACACUUGGAGAAAAAGGCAAGACGAAAAAUAAUUUUCACCAAGAGGAUAUUAAAGAGAGUUCUGAAACGACGAUGACAUCCAAAGCUGAUGAGACGGACUCAGGUGACUUUGGAGGGAAGCCGGCUGAAAUAUCAUCAGAUGUCGUAAGAAAAGUCAACAAAAGUAAAAAGAAAGUAAAAAAUAUUUCAAGAGGGAAGAAACUUAAAAAAGAGAAGAGCUUGAGUUAUAUGGAAGAAGAUUCAGAUGAAGAGAAGCAGGAAUAUGACGAAAGGCUUUCUGAGGACCCCCAAGGUGUUCAAAAUGUCGAAGAGAGUGGUUCAGAAGAGAGAGAAGCAGAUGAAUCAAGUGGAGGCAUGAGAGAGAAGGCAAAUGGAGAAGCGGAGUCUGAUUCUGAAGGGAAUCAAGGAGACAAUUAUUUUGAGGAGAGCGGUCCCCAAGAAACGGACCAAGCACAUAAAGAGUCAUCGAGUCUUGAUGGUGUCAGGAAUGCUGAGAUUUCCGAAGAUGAACCUCUUAGCAAAUGGAAGCCUCGUACUGGGAAGAAAAGUUCAGGCCAAAAGCGGUGAGCAGUUUAGCUGGCUGCAACAUUUUAUUCUUUUCAAUACGAAUUCAUAUGGGAGCUUGAAUGAAGAUGACUGCCACAUAACUUUAACACACUUGUAGUCACCCUGUAGAGUGUAAAAUACCAACCAUUCCUACGCCUAGAGAGAAAAACGAUAGAGCACUUAGGUUCUAGGUUAUGUCCAUCUUGUAUUAAUCUUAGUUAUUAUUAUUAGGUUUAGCUUAUGAUUCAUGAGGGUGUCGUUCGCCCGUCCAAUGUAAUUUGUUAUUUGUAUGAUAAAUGGGGUAUUGUGUACAGCUAGCUAUAGCUAUACGUGGGAAUAAUUGUACUUAGCAUAUUCUUACUUUCUUAACAUCCAUGAGAAUGAUGAUUUAAGUAUAAAUUUUUAAUCUUGUUCGUUGCUGUGUUUGACUUA